AUGACCAACGAUGUCAAGCUUCCCUCAGAUGCGCCUGUGGUAUACGAGAGCCAAGAUUCGAUGCGGAUUUAUAGGCUCAACCGGCCAAAGGCGCUCAACUCGCUAAACCACGAGAUGAUCACUUCGUUGAGGACCGAAAUCAAGAAAUGGCGUCAAUCUGAUCUGUGCCGAGUCAUUGUCGCUCGAGGAGACGAGCGCGCAUUCUGUGCCGGCGGUGAUGUCAAAAGUCUGAUACAAGACCUAAAAAAGGGGGAUGCAGCUCAGAACAUCGCCUUGCCCUUCUUCAAGGACGAAUUUGAGCUUAACUGGCUCUUGGCUCGUUUGGGCAAACCAUAUGUCUCUCUGAUGGACGGUAUUGUCAUGGGCGGUGGUUGCGGUAUCGCUCUUCCUGCUCCUAUACGCAUUGCUACGCCGAGAACACAUUUUGCUAUGCCGGAAACGAAAAUCGGUUACGCACCGGACGUUGGUGUCAACUAUUAUCUGGCUCAACUCGACGGCAAUCUUGGAGCAUGGCUAGCCAUCACCGGCCACGAUCUGUACGGUCGAGCCGUCUACGAGCUCGGUCUUGCAACGCAUUACGUCUCGGAAUCGGCCCUGGACUCCAUCGUGCAGGAAAUUCAACAGCUCUCAAACCCUAAUCUCACUCAAGUCUCUAAUAUCAUUGCCAAUCACACUUCGCCUGUACCUCCUCGAUCUGCUGCGUUGUCAUCGAAAGAAUCUAGAGACGGUCACAGUCCAAUUAAGGGAGAGAUCAUGGCCUUUUUGGAUCGAGCUUUUGAUUGCGAGACUAUCAAGGAGAUCUACGAAAAGCUGGACAGGGCCUCAAACGACUUCGAGCUUAGCGAGGAGGUCCGAGCUUGGGCUCGGGAACAGAAGACGAUCAUGGACGCGAGAUCUCCGACUGGAAUGGCUGUGGCUCUUGAGGGAUAUAGGAUGGCCAAGAAUGCAAAGCGAUUAGAUGUGACGCUAGACAAUGAUAUGAGCAUGGCUACCGCUUUCGCAGGCAAGAAUCGCUCGACGAAUGACUUUGUUACAGGCGUAUCAUCUCUCCUAAUUGAGAAGUCCAGGGACCGGCCACAUUGGCAACCAAAUGACAUCUCCGAUCCUGCUGUGUCGCCGGCAGACAUCAAGGCCAAAUUCUUCGACUUGAAGGGAGAAAUCAAAGAGCACAGACCAGAAUUAGACUUGCAACCGCCAUCCGUGUCUGAGAAGACCAAGGGACCUGAUUCUACCUGGGGUCAAUUUGGCAGAUACGGCUUGCCGUCCCAAUUGGAGGUCAUGGCGAAAGUCGAGGGAUACGCUCCUUCUGCUGGAGCUUUCAAGGUCACUGAGGCAGAGUUGAUAGAUCGAGUCUUAGACGACAGGGGCGAAUCUGGGGGCCCUAGGGAGACGGAGAUGCAGGCAAAAGUGAAGGACCUGGUCUCCAGGUUAUGUGAAGUCAAGGAGGGAGGAUAUCUCGACUGGAGGAGAUCAUAG